AUGGCAUCUAACACCACCACUAACUUCUUUGCCCUCUCGCAGUCCUUCAGUGUUUCGGACAUUAUUGUGAUCGGGGCGUAUUUUCUGCUCAACGUUGCAGUAGGGAUCUGGUCCUCUUGCAGAGUCAGCAGAAACACUCUUAACGGCUACUUCCUGGCUGGCAGAGACAUGGCCUGGUGGCCGAUCGGAGCGUCUCUCUUUGCCAGCAGUGAGGGAUCGGGGCUCUUCAUCGGUUUGGCUGGCACCGGGGCAGCAGGAGGAAUCGCCGUGGCAGGAUUCGAAUGGAAUGCGACCUACGUGCUGUUGGCUCUGGCGUGGAUCUUUGUACCAGUAUAUGUGUCUUCUGGGAUCGUCACCAUGCCCGAGUACCUGGGUCGACGUUUCGGGGGCGAGAGAAUCCGCAUGUACCUGUCAGCACUCAGCCUCAUGCUGUCUGUGUUCACUAAAAUAUCAACGGACCUGUACUCUGGAGCUCUGUUCAUCCAGGUGUGUCUGGGCUGGAAUCUUUACCUCUCCACCGUCCUCAUGCUGGUGGUCACCGCGCUCUACACCAUCGCAGGUGGUUUAGCUGCUGUGAUCUACACUGACACACUCCAGACCUUCAUCAUGAUCGUCGGAGCGGUCGUCCUCACCAUUACAGCGUUCAACGAGAUUGGCGGCUACAGCAACCUGGAGAGCGUGUAUCUCCAGGCCGUGCCGUCCAAGAUCAUCCCGAACACGACGUGCCACCUCCCGCGACCCGACGCCAUGCACCUGUUCCGGGACGCAGUGCACGGUGACCUUCCCUGGCCCGGCAUGACCCUCGGCCUCACCAUCCUCGCUACCUGGUACUGGUGCAGUGAUCAGGUGAUCGUACAGAGAUCUCUGUCAGCGAAAAACCUGAGCCACGCUAAAGGAGCGUCCAUAUUUGCGAGCUACCUGAAGAUGCUACCAAUGAUCUUCAUCAUCCUUCCUGGCAUGAUCAGCAGGGUGCUGUACCCAGAUUCGGUUGGCUGUGUCGACCCUGAGGAGUGUAUGAAGGUGUGUGGAGCGGAGGUCGGAUGUUCCAACAUCGCUUUUCCAAAACUGGUCAUCGAGCUCAUGCCCAGUGGCCUGCGGGGCUUAAUGAUCGCCGUGAUGAUGGCCGCUCUGAUGUCGUCGCUGACCUCCAUCUUUAACAGCAGCAGCACCCUGUUCACCAUGGACAUCUGGAAGAAAUAUCACAGGGGCGCCAGCGAGAAAGAGCUGCUGCUGGUCGGCAGGAUCGUGACGGUUAUUCUAGUCGUGAUCAGCGUGGUUUGGAUCCCCAUCCUGCAGAACGCCAACAGCGGGCAGCUCUACGUCUACAUCCAAUCGGUGACCAGCUAUCUGGCUCCUCCUGUCACGGCUAUUUUCGUCAUGGCUGUGUUCUGGAAAAGGACUAACGAAGCGGGCGCUUUCUGGGGCCUGAUGGUGGGUCUGGUGGUCGGGAUCACCAGGAUGGUUCUGGAGUUCGCCUACGCCCCGCCUCGCUGUGGCGUUUUCGACCCCGCGCCGCCGGUCCUGAGGAGCGUGCACUACCUGCACUUCGCCAUCGUCCUCUGCGCCAUCACCGCCAUAGUUACCGCGACCAUCAGCCUCCUCACACCCGCGCCCACCGAGGAGCAGAUUCACAAUCUGACCUGGUGGACCAUCAGGAAGAGCACCGACCGGGAGAUACCGCUACAGAAAGUAUCGACUCUAACUCGCAGGACGGAGGGAAGUGAGUCUGCACGCCGGGGGAAGUGUGUGCGCGCCGCGGGGUUCUGUAGUCCUCGGCCCGGCCGGGCGGCCCCCAGGACUCCACCUCCCACGAUUCCUAGCACGAGGGAGGACCCGUUCUGGUCUCGCUUCUGUUGUGUGAAUGCGGUUAUUCUUAUGUGUGUUAACAUUUUCCUUUAUGCUUACUAUGCAUAACACACACACACACACACACACACACACACACACUAUAUGGCCAAAAGUAUGUGGACACACUUUUAAAGGCAGUGGUAGCUUACUGGUGGUCAGGAAGUUGCAGGUUCGAGCUCCACCCACCCGAGUACAAAUAGUGUAUACAACUAUCUAUUAUAUAUCGAUAAUAAAUAUCAUGUAAUAUUGACGCCUGGUGUUCUAGCCACAUCCAUUACUGACAGUGUAUCACAUAAGUGCUUUAAACUUCAUGGCAACAGUUUAGGGAUCCAUCGUGAGAAGCUAGACGAACUUCAGUAUCCUGGACAUGUAAAAUGUGUCCACAUACUUUUGAUUGUUUAGUGCACGUACUCAAAUAUGCUCACUGAUAAACAUGUAGACCGAAUAUUGUCAGUAUAUGUUUCAUAAAC